GCGGGGCGAAGUAAAGAGGAGAAGGGAGGAAGGUUUCCCCAGAGGAGCCCCUGACACUGGAGCGGGUUGAGGCGUCUCGCGCACAGUUCACACGGAAAGCGGGCAACUUCAAAGCCGAACAUGGACGCCUAAAGCCGGCAGGGAUAGUUGAGGAAGCGCUUGCGAAGCAGUACGUUCGCCAUGGAGAUGUCCGGGAAAGACAAUGAAGUGGGGGCUAACGCGGAAACCAGAACAUCAGAAAAAGCACAGAGCUGGAUUCCGAAAAUCAUCAAGAAGCGCGUGUGCAGCACCUUCAUCGAGGACGACAGUAACGGGGCGCUGUGUCAGUGCGGCGGCCCCCGGGGGACGCACUGCUCCAACGCCACCGGGGACUACUUCGGCGCGGCCAUCGUCAGCCAAUGGGACAGCGGGCAGCACUCCUCGGAGUACCCCACCGACGCCUUCGGAGAGGUGGAGUUCACGGGGGCCAGGCAACGCCACAGUCACUUCCUGCGGCUGUCCCGGGACACGCCGCCCCAGAUCGUCUUCACCCUGAUGACGGCCCACUGGGGGGUGCCCUCCCCCAACCUGGUGGUCUCGGUGGUCGGGGGCGGGGGCGAGGGCCAGGAGAAGGUGAAGCCGUGGGUGCGGGAGGUGAUGAGGAACGGGCUGGUGAGGGCGGCUCAGAGCACAGGGGCGUGGAUCCUGACGGGCGGGCUGAGGGAGGGGGUGGGCCGCUGCGUGGGGGAGGCGGUCCGGGACCACGCGGCCGCGGCCCCCUCCCUGUCCCAGAAGAAGGUGGUGGCGGUGGGCGUGGCCCCCUGGGGUCUGGUGCACAACCGGCAGCAGCUCGUCAACGCACAGGGGAGUUUUCCGGCUCGCUACUAUGUCCAGAACACGUCCCAGGACACCUGCGGCCUGGACAGCAACUACCAGGCCUUCCUGCUGGUGGACGAUGGGACCGUCGGCCAGCGCGGCGGGGAAACCAGCUUCCUCUCCAAUCUGGAGGACUACAUCUCCCACCAGCGUACUGGUAUCUGGGGCAGUGGCAGCAUAGAGAUCCCAGUCUUGUGCAUGCUCAUCUCAGGGGAAGCCAAGAUGCUGCAGAGGGUGGACCAGUCCCUGAGGAAGGCCAUCCCCUGGCUGGUCCUGGGGGGCUCGGGGCCGGCCGCGGACCUGAUCACUGAGAUCCUGGAGGAGGUGUCGCCGGGCUCCAGCCCCAGCAGCCCCCUGCCGGAGGGGGGGGAGGGCGGCGAGGGCCCCAGCACGGAGCUCCGUGACCGGGUCCGAGAGAAGGUCAGGAGGCACUUCCCAGCAGAAGCCAACCUGGAGAAACUUGUGGACUGGGUGCUGAGUAUUCACCAGAACAGAGAUCUAAUCACCGUCUUCCAUCAAGAGCAGGAAGGAUCUGAUGACUUUGACACGGUCCUCCUCAAAGCCCUGGUUCAAGCUAGUAAACGUGUGGCCAGCCAUGCCAGUGAAUACACGGAGGAGUUGAAGCUGGCCGUGGCCUGGAACCGAGUGGACAUCGCCAAGAGCGAGCUGUUCAACGGGGACAUCCAUUGGAAGUACGAGGACCUCGAGGACUCCAUGACGGACGCUCUGGUCAACGACAAGCCCCAGUUUGUGCGUCUGUUCUGCGAGAACGGCCUGAGCAUCCUGCACUACCUGACCUACAGCCGGCUGGAGAGCCUGUACCGCUCGCUGGCCGACAGCUCGCUGGCCUACACCCUGCUGCAGCGGCGGCUGGCCGAGCGGCAGGACGCGGCCACCUCCCUGACCCAGCUGGACGGCGCCGGCCCGGGGUCGCCCGUCAGCGCCGUCACCCGCCUGAUGGGCUCGGCCUCGGCCAAGGAGCUGUGUCUCUACGAGGUGUCCCGCCUCCUCUACGACCUGCUGGGGGACGUGUGCCAGCCCUUCUACUCGGCGCAGCUGGGCCUGGACCCCGGGGCCACCACGCGCAGGGCCAUACGGCACGUGAACAAGCUGCUCCUGGGAGACUGUCUGUACCGGGACCAACGCUGCCUCUCUCCCUGGGCCUCGCUCUUCCUCUGGGCCGUGCUCCAGAACCGCAGCGAGAUGGCCGUCUACUUCUGGGAGAUGGCCAGUGAGUCAGUGUUGAGUGCUCUGAGUGGUUGUAAGAUACUGCGGGAGCUGUCCAAGCUGGAGGAUGAGACAGAGUCUAAGGUCUCCAUGAAGGAACUGGCCCAGAAGUUUGAGAACCUGGCCCAAGACGUGUUCAGCUCGUGCUACCAGAGCAACGAGAGGCGCUGCUUCACGCUGCUCAUCCGCCAGUCUCCGGUGUGGGGUGCCACCUGCCUCCAGAUGGCCACCGCGGCCGACGCCCGCCUCUUCUUCAGCCACGACGGCGUGCAGACCCUGCUGUCCCAGAUCUGGUGGGGCGACAUGGAGAGGAACACCAAGGUGUGGAAACUGGUCUUUGCUUUCUUCGUGCCGCCACUCAUCUUCACCAAGCUAAUCGGAUUCAGGGAGCCAGACGAGGACGUGAACUUUGAGGAGGUUCAUCAUGACAGAGACAUGGACAGUAUGUACGGCGACGAUGCCACAGUGUUCUCCCUGGCUGACGUCGUUCGCAACGAGGAAGACGCUGAUGAGUACAUGGCUCUGAAAGCCAAUCAGAAAGGAACGUCCAGCUGGAUGUCAUACUCACGAAGCACUUAGCAUGUCUACUACUUUUACCGGAAAACGUAAUCUGACAAUGUUAUGGCUUUUGUGUGUGAAAGGACAUGGUGAUUUAAAUUACAUAACUAUUUGAACCAUGAAAUAAUUCAGCCCUAGCAGCGACAUAAAUUCUUGGAGUCAGAUGUUAGCCAGUGUAAGCCUGAGUCCGCCUCUGUACGCCUGUAUUAGCUUACUGUGGUGAGUAUCGGACUUACAUGUGUUAGCCUA